AAUGCAACCCAAGCAGCGCAUUUCUAUAGUUUCUACCGGACACCUGAUGGGCAACCAACCUUCGGCGCUAUUAUCGGAGGAGGCCUCAGCGCUGCCAGCGAUGCACGGAAGCAACAAUGCGCGCGUGCUGAGCUUGCCGCCGGAGCUGAACGCCGUCGAAUCGAGCAGCUCCGAGUCUCAGCCGCCCGCUGGAGCCCGCGAACCGUCCAGUUCCAUAGAUCCUUCCGCGCCUGCUGUAGCUGCGAGCCCCGCGGCCCCGCGCCGUCGCGUAGAGGAGUUUUACGACGUGCAGACCGAAUUGCUAGGACGAGGACACUACGCGACGGUCUGUCGCGGCCGCUGCCGCCGCACGGGCCGCGCUGUCGCCAUCAAGAAGGUCAAGCGAUUCAUGACUGACCCCAAGCGUCUGCGCGCCGAGAUCACGGCGUUGCGCCGCGUGAAGCAGCACCCGAACAUCGUGGAGCUCAUCGACGUGUUCGAGACCACGCGUGAGGUGCAUCUGGUACUGGAGCUCUGUACAGGUGGUGAGCUGUUCGAGAGACUAGCUGAGAAAGGCGCCUACUCAGAGGCGGACUGUGUGCGCCACGUCCGGGACAUGGCAAGCGCUGUGCAGUAUCUCCACGAGUGUGGCAUCGUGCAUCGAGACCUGAAACCGGAGAAUAUUCUGUUGUCGACGGCAGACGAACAUGAUGCGGUGGUGAAGGUGGCAGACUUUGGACUCGCCAAGAUCUUUGCAGGCACCAAUCUGAAGACCAAAUGCGGCACGUGGGGGUAUUCUGCGCCCGAGAUGAUUUCCGGGUCAGGAUCGGCGUUUGGCUAUGAUGACAAGGUGGACUCGUGGAGUCUGGGGACGAUUCUGUACAUUUUACUUUGUGGCUAUCACCCGUUCGACCCGGAAGGCGAGCGGUCGGACAAUGAGAUGAUUGCGAGCAUCAAAGCCUGCAGCUUCGAGUUCGACGACGACGGCUGGGCUACCAUCAGUGACGACGCCAAGGAUCUCGUACGACAUUUAUUAGUACUGGACCCUGACGAUCGCUUCAGCAUGAAACAAGUGCUGGAACACCCGUGGAUCAUCGGCUCUUCCUCGGUUGCAACUCUCCAGGCCUCGGAACAUCCACUCUCGCCUACCAUUCACCAAGAACUGGCCAAGUAUCGAGAACAUACGAAGCAAAAGGUAGGUUGUGCUUGAUGUCAUUUGUUGAUACGCCAAGUUGUCUAAAGUAUCUUGAGAUUAUACGUUUUGGUCUGGGUGGCCUCGCCUCGCUAGUCGGGUUUUGGUUCAUACGACGAUCACGGCGAUAACGACGGCAAUCAGCGCAAGUAAACCUGUCCAGUGUAUAUUACUUCCCAGCAUUGAAGCCUCAAUUCCAUCGAAGCGGAGAUAUACAUAUAAUCGAACUAUUUAAUGUGCCACAGAACGAAAAAAGAGAUCAAACUGUACUAAUAAGAGCUAGUUGCGCUGGCCGAGAUGGUCUCCUGCCACCGUCUCGUCCGUGUUUUCUGCGAUGACCUUGAGCGCCA